AUGGCAGACAGAACGUAUCAGGUGGUCAUCUGGGGAGGGACUGGAUUCGUAGGCAAGCUUGUUGCGGAGCACAUUGCUCGUGACUAUGCGGGCAAAUUCAGGUGGGCCAUGGCCGCGAGGAACAAGGCCAAGCUGGAGGGUGUCCGGAAUGAGCUCGUCAAGGUGAAUCAGGACCUCGAGAACAUCCCGCUGCUGAUCGCCGACACAAAGGACCAAGCGUCAAUAGACGACGUGGUGAAGCAGGCCAAGGUGGUCAUUGCGUGCGCUGGGCCCUACGCCCAACUGGGCACCCCAGUCGUGGACGCCUGUGUCCGCCUCGGCACACAUUAUGUGGACAUCACAGGAGAGGUGCCGUGGGUGGCGCGCACGAUCAAGAAGUACCACGCACAGGCAUUUGCCAACAGGGUGAAGAUCGUACACAUGUGCGGCUUCGACAGCAUCCCCUCCGACCUGGGCGCGCACCUGGUUGCCACCACCAUCGAGAAGCAGUACCACAGGAAGACAGCGAAGGUGCGGGUGCUGCAGGGCAAGGCGGCUGGUGCAGUCAGUGGUGGGACACUAGCCUCCCUCAUGGGCGCCAUCUUUGAGGAGACCCCUGAAGAGCUGAAGCUGUCUGCCGACCCGUACGCUCUCAACCCCCCUGAAGCCCACAGGGGCCCAGACAAGGGCGACUUCUGGGGUCCGGCCUAUGACAAGCUGGGGCGCGCGUGGACGAUGCCGUUUGUGAUGCAGGCCAUAAACACGCGCGUCGUCCGCCGCAGCAACGCCCUCCUCGGCAACGCCUACGGGGAGAACUUCUCAUUCACAGAGGCGAUGGAGGUGCCGAAUGUCUUUGCAGCAUAUCUGGGCUCCUUUGCGCUGGUGAUGGCGUACCUGGUCAUCAGCGUUCCCUUCCUUCGCCCGUUGGUCAUGCGGCUGCUGCCCAAGCCCGGCGAGGGGCCCAGCAAGAAGCAGCAGGUGGAAGGGUUCUGGAAUGCGCGGGCGAUCGGCGUUUCAGAGGCGCUGGUCGGUGAGGAGCCGGUGAAGGUGGUGGCCACGCUGGGCGGGCACAGAGAUCCCGGCUACUGGGAGACUUCGCGCAUGCUCCUGGAGUCAGCCCUCUGCCUGGCGCAGCAGGAGGAGGAGUUGAAGAAGGCUGGCAAGCUGCAAGGGGGAGUGCUGACGCCAGCCUCAGCCAUGGGCAUGCUGCUGAUAGACCGCCUGAACAAGGCAGGCAUGACCUUCAAGAUCGAGAGCAGCUCUGCUGCAGUCGUGAGUGAGGAAUGAUACCUGGCAUGCAGCCGUCCGCAUGCUCCAGUCAGAUAUUAGGAUAUAAGAGAACAAUUCAGCAUAAUUUGUCUCGAGCGAUUGCAUCAUGUCCUCAUCACAGAUAUGAUGAACAUUUUGUGUGAUCAGUGUGUGAGCUCGAGCUCGAGCAGCUUUAAGCUCAACUUG